GCUUCACGCCAUGCCCGGUUGCUGCCGACGGGACUUGGGCCGGCAAGGUGGGGAAGGCACGCUUUUCUGCAGACAAACUCAGGCAGGAGCAUUUGAUCGAAGUCUAUCAGGCGAUACGCUUUCGGUGCUGCGGGAUAUACAUAUAGAUUCUACUGCCUAGAGCAUCCGCCAUCAUGUCCAGCCAGCCACUUCUUCAAACCGCACCUGGCAAGCGCAUUGCCCUGCCCACCCGCGUAGAGCCGAAAGUCUUCUUCGCCAACGAACGCACCUUCCUCUCAUGGCUUAACUUCACCGUCAUUCUCGGCGGCCUCGCUGUGGGCCUGCUCAACUUCGGCGACACCGUUGGCCAGAUCUCCGCCGGUCUCUUCACCUUAGUGGCUUUGGCGGCUAUGUUGUACGCGCUUGUAACGUUCCAUUGGCGCGCGCGGAGUAUCCGCAUGAGAGGGCAGGGAGGGUUUGAUGAUCGCUUCGGCCCGACAGUGCUGGCUAUUGCUUUGCUGGCGGCGGUGGUGGUCAACUUUGUUCUGAGGGUGACGGGCGUGGGUGGGAGCCAUAAGUAGGUGGACCACGAAGGUCGAGCGGGAGAAGGCGUUGAGCGGUCCGACAGGGCUCUGUAAGCAACACCGGGCUUUUGGCGUUCAAGGGAAUGUACCUUUUAUAGGACGACUGCUACACUGCACGUGCGCUGUAGCACAUUGGCACACCAUGCGUUUUUCCGCUUUUUGUACACUUGGGCGGUGUUUGGUCCUGAACACCGUUCCGGCUUUGGGGCUCCUCAACGACAAGAGAGGCCCGCGAAAGUGGGUAGUGGUCUCCCAGAACAUGGUUAUGCCUACGAUGUCUGAUGGUUUGUUGAGGCAGCACUUCUACAAAGUGGAGGA